AUGUGAAGAAAAUGACAGUUGGGGGUCCAUUAGUAGUGCAUGCACACAAGGUUUAUACUCUUAAAGUUUUUGCGCUAUUUUGUGAUCUGAAGGAAGAAUCUGAAUUUUACCGAGCUAUAGAGGUUGUGCAAGGGAAGCACUAUGUUGCAGAGCACUAUGAUCUUAAUCGGGUGCAGCGAUGGUGCAAAGGCAAAUAUGAAGUGGAAGUGGUUGAAAGAGGGGGGAAGUACAUCUGCGAGUGUGGCUUAUUUGAGCAUUUCGGUUUACCAUGCAGUCACAUAUUAAGGGUAAUGAUCAGUACAGGGGUUCAGCAAAUACCAGGGGAUAUGAUAUUGCAGCGUUGGACUAAGCAGGCACGGCAUUUACUGCCGGAGGAACUAGCUCAGUACAAGAAAGAUAAUCCAGCACUGAUGGCACAGACAUACAAACACUCAUCAUUGAUGCUCAAAGCACUCCAUUUGGUCGAGAUGGGCGAUAGCAAUGCAGAAAGCCAUACAAUAGCAAUGCAAAUACUAGAUAACGGUUUAGAAUCAUUGCAUGAAGUAGCAAAAAAGAAAGAUGGGCUGGGAUUAGGACACCCCCAAGCUGAAGUUCAGGUACCAAUUUUAGACGGUGAUCAAAUGGAUAAUUUCCCUGAACGUGCACCGAAAAGGAAGAAGGAGCGAGGGCGGCCAAGCAACAAGAGGCCGAAAGCAGGGCACGAGAAGCUGUCGAGGCGCCCAAGAUUUUGCAGUGUAUGUCGGAGCAACAAGCACACAAUACAGAACUGUCUGGCUCGCGAUCCAGCAACAAAGAAGGCCACCAACAUGUAGCAGUUGCGGCGUCAAUGGUCAUACUGUGGAUCGCUGUGGUGUCAAUCAGCAGCGACUUGCUGCAACUGAAUAUAUGUUCCUGUAGGAUACCUUCAUUCUAGAUUUUGUAGUAACUGGCAUUGUCCAUAUGUCAGUCUGUUGCUAUGUACCAGAUGGUAUUGCAUAGCAUCUGAGAUGAUUGCACCAUUAUCUUCUGUCAGACAAUUUGAACAGCUUAGCUUUUGCCAUGGUGGUACUGAUCAAUUCUUUUGCUGCGUGCAUGGUCUGCUCAGAGGAAGUUGUAAGAAGCAACGAAAU